CAACAUCUCUUUUCUGUUUGAUUGCAGGCUGCAAGAUCAAAGCUCUCCGAGCGAAGACAAACACUUACAUCAAGACGCCAGUGCGUGGUGAAGAACCCGUCUUCGUAGUCACAGGUCGCAAGGAGGAUGUAGCCCGUGCGAAGCGCGAGAUCCUUUCCGCCGCGGAACACUUCUCGCAGAUUCGGGCGUCGCGCAAGAGUUCGCUGGGUGCUCUUCUGGGCGCGCCACCCGGGCCGCCCGCGACAGUGCCCGGUCACAUAACAAUUCAGGUACGAGUACCGUACAGAGUAGUGGGUCUGGUCGUAGGCCCUAAGGGCGCGACCAUCAAGCGAAUUCAGCAUCAGACGCAUACCUACAUCGUGACGCCGAGCCGUGAUAAGGAGCCUGUAUUCGAGGUGACGGGACUGCCGGAAAGCGUCGAGGCGGCCAGACGCGAGAUACAAGCCCACAUCACCUUGCGAACCGGCACCGCGCCCGGAGUUGUCGACGAUACCGAUCUAUUGGGCGCUCUCUGCCGCGGUGGUCUCGGCUCGGUCCUCGGUAUUCAAAGUAUCGAUCAACCAGGAUCCAACAGCUCCAGCAGCUCCAACGCGUUCUCCAGCAGCGCUAGUUGCAGCAGCUCGUCCAGCAGCUCCGGCGGAAUGAUGAACGACUUGGUCGCUAUCUGGAGCGGAAUGGAGAGGGACGAGGGACUCGGCGAGUCGCCGUCGUUCGAGUCGCAGCCGACCUCGACGUCGUCUAUCUGGUCGUUCCCGAGUGUCACGCUACCCUCGAGACCCUCGCCGCCCGCGACGGCGAGCCCGGCAUCGCCCACGGACUCGCUUCUGGGCGGUGCACGACGGGACUGCGUCGUAUGCGGCGACAAAGAA